AUGGCUUCUGCGACGAGCUUUUACGAGUUUAAGCCCAAGGAUAAAAAGGGCCAACCCUACGACCUCUCCCAACUCUCCAACAAAGUCGUCCUCGUUGUAAACACGGCCUCCAAGUGCGGCUUCACCCCUCAAUUCGAAGGCCUCGAGAAACUCUACAAGGACAUCAAGUCCAAAUACCCGGAUGACUUUGAGAUUCUUGGUUUCCCUUGCAACCAGUUCGGCGGUCAGGAUCCCGGAACAAAUGAGGAGAUUCAGGAGUUUUGCCAGGUGAAUUAUGGUGUUAGUUUUCCGGUGCUGGGAAAGAUUGAUGUCAACGGCGCAACCGCAGACCCCGCCUUCGAAUGGCUCAAGAACGAAAAGCCCGGCCUCAUGGGCCUCAAGCGUGUCAAGUGGAACUUUGAAAAGUUCCUCAUUGGCCGCGAUGGAAAGGUCAAGGGACGCUGGGCGAGUACCAAGAAGCCCGAGGAUCUCAAGGCCGAGAUCGAGAAGGAGUUGAGUAAGAAAUAA